GAUAGCGAUUGUCAGUCAAGAGUAGCUAGCUGUUACCCACAAGAAGUCUCCGCAAGAAGUCGCUCAAGUUAUCACUUGGCUACUGUUUUUUUUAAGAACACUACAAAUAAUGUAAUAUUUUUUUGCUAAAGGGGUCUAACUGGUUGAGAAAUCUAGCGAGAUUAGCUCCGUUAGUAACCCUGCAUCGCUGGUCAAAUCUGCAGCCUGAUCGACAGAGAAGAUGCCAGCAGCAGAGGAAUCACACGGUGUCAACAAAGCUGUGGACAACAUCUGUAGGCUUUCUCCAGAUCUGCUGGCUGACACAUGUCAGCACAUUCUGACUUAUCUUCAAGGGCAGACCAGAGGAGUAGAUUCAGCUGAAAUUUCUGAUAGAUUUCAGAGAGCUGGUAUCAGACUUGACCAUGAAGAUCUGCAGAACAUGAUCAGAUUUCUCUUGUUAACAUUCAGGUCAGCCGGGAAGAGCAACCUCUCUGGGGAUGACCUCGUGUCAAGGCUGGAAGCGGGCAGCAACAAGUGGCCCAAAGCUUCCCUUCAGGAGGUGCACAGGUUGUGGAGUGAACAUGGAGCAUUAGUGCACGCUCAGCAGGAGGUCCAGGCCAUGCUCAGCAUCAGCCAGUUAGUGGACAUGCAGUGGAAGCUUGGCAUGGCAGUGAGCUCCGACACAUGCCGAUCACUCAACUCUCCAUACGUGUCUCUUCUGCUGAAGAUUGUUGAGCCCUCUGGGCAGGUUUGUCAGAGGUCUUUUGAGAUGACCAUUCCACAGUUCAAGAACUUUCACAAGCAGUUCAAGGAGAUGGCAGCUGUUAUGGAGACUGUAUGAUGGUUGCAAGCACACCUAAAUGCUUGUCACGAUUACACCCCUGUUUACAUGUAACCAACGGAAGAACAGCGUCACACACGUUUUUGUCUCCUGGAUGUCUGAAAUUGUUACAAAUUACUGCAAAUGUCAGUUGUUGGCUUUGCUUUGCACUUCCAUUUUUCCACAAGUUACAUAAGCUCCUAAAUGAUUUACAUUUAGGACCUGUUGUUAAAAGAGUUUGAAGACGCUCGUCUAUACUUUGAAAACUGUGUCCGGAUAUUAUAUGUAUAUAUUCUGUUGCCAAUUUAUUGAGUACAACAAGCUAAAGCUAAUGUAGUCUAACAGUUCUGAAAUAAAUCCUAAAACCUUCAUGAAAGUUGUGAUGUUCAGUGUUUGUUGACACAUUUCAAGGGUGUUGACUCAACUUUACGGACAUUUCAGAGCAUGUAGCUUGUGGUGCUGUUGCACUGUACUGCAUUAUACAGACAGACUACCCUCACUGACACAGGAAGUGGUGUGGACAAAAUAGUAGAAACACCUGUCAGCAAAAUUUCUGCAGGAAUAAACUGGCAAAUGAGUUUAUAUUGCUAAAAUUGCAAAACCCUGACUAAUAUUCAAAUUGUGCCUCAUUUGUUACACAAUGUCCAACAUUGAUCUGGUUUGGAUUAAUCACAGUUUGCACUCAACUUCCUCUGGUUUUGCGCUUUUGACUGCAACAUGAACACACUUUGCCACAGUGAACACGACUGUUGCUUAUGUUGCUGUAUCUUUAUCAAGGGUGAAAGAUUGUGAUUAGCCCACGAUACAAUAUCUUGUAUCAUUUUAGUUAGUGGCAAAAACUGUAUAUACGAUUUGGAGUACAGUUUUUAGUAUUAAAAGCCUUUUGCAGUCCUCAUGGUUUUUGUUAAUGUCUAAAUUCUGAAGAGUGCCUUUUGCUGUUUGUGUGCUGUCUGGUAACGCUCUGUGCAUGCUCUGUCAUUGUGAAGAGGACUUUGCCUUUUUGUUUACUACAGUCUGUCCCCACUUGGAUGCCACACAACAGUGAUGCAAUAAACAACU